AUGACAAGGGAACCAGCAAUUGCACUACACCUAACAACCCUAAGUUCUUCAUGGCUAGAUCCCAUCACCAACUUCCUAGAACACGGCCAAGUCCCUGGUGAUGAAAAGGAUGCGGCAAAAUUAAGAAGAGAAGCGGCAAAAUACGCCGUCAUCCAAGGACAGCUGUUCAGAAAAGGGCUUAGCCAACCCCUACUGAAGUGCCUACACCCCGACCAGACGGACUAUGUCCUCAAGGAAGUCCAUGAGGGCUGCUGUGGGCACCACAUCGGAGGCAAGGCCCUAGCAAGGAAGUUAAUCCGAGCUGGGUACUACUGGCCGUCGAUGAUGGCAGAUUCCAAAGACGGCCUGGGUAUAAGGCAAAGGUUCUCUUCGGUAGAACACCCUCAGACGAACGGACAAGUGGAGUCCGCCAACAAGGUUAUCCUUUCAGGGUUGAAAAAGAGGUUGGACAAUAAGAAGGGUGCUUGGGCCGACGAGCUAGCGUCGGUCCUCUGGUCUUACCGAACAACCGAGCAGUCCUCCACCAAGGAAACUCCUUUCCGAUUAACGUACGGGGUAGAUGCGGUAAUACCCGUAGAGAUCGGUGAACCGAGUCCGCAAUUGCUUUUGAAAGGAGUGGAGGAAACUGUAGAAAAGGACCUGAUAGAUGAAGCCCGGGAAAUGGCCCAUUUGACAGAAACGGCGCUAAAACAAAGAAUAGCUCUGCGAUACAACACCAAAGUGCUCAAGAGGGAAUUUGGGCCUGACGACCUCGUCCUAAGGCGGAAUGAUAUCGGCCCACCGACCCCCGGAGAGGGCAAGCUAGCGGCAAACUGGGAAGGUCCCUACAGAGUCAAAAAGGUGAUGGAAAAAUGA